AUGUGGACAGCUCGGUGUCAUUCUUCUGAUGUUGUCAAUAGUCUGUCGUCUUCUGAUACUGAGUGGUAUUUUAAUCCUCCAGCUGCCCCACACUUCAGAGGUAUUUGGGAAUCUACCGUAAAAUCAUUGAAGUUCCAUUUGAAGCGAGUCGUUGAAUCGUGCCUUAAUUUGCGGCCACUGUGCCCUCUGACCAAUGAUCCUGAGGACCCUUAUGCUUUCACUCCUGCCCACUUAUUAAUACUUAGACCGUUCUUUAUUUUGCCCCAACCAGAUUUGACCUCCGGAAAAAUAUCUCCAUUACACAGGUGGAAGCUUGUUACACAGACUGUCCAUGAUUUUUGGAGGCGCUGGUCCUCAGAGUACCUCAGCACUCUUCAGGCACGAUCUAAGUGGCUUACGCCCUAA